GCAGGCUGGGAAAAGCGCUGAGGAAGCGUGGGAGUGGCGGUGCCGAGGCUGCCCGGCUGGGCUCCCGCGGAGAAGAACCCCUUCCCUCUCGGCAUCGCCUGUGGAGCGUCUUUCUGCACAUGGCCUUGGUGUUUCCGGACAGGCAGCCCGUGGGGGCCCAGCCUCGGCCAGGCCUGUGCCAGGGCGAGCCCGUGCGGACAGACUCUGGUGACGUGUGCAACAGCACCGACCUUCCGGAAGUCGAGAUCAUCAGCCUGCUGGAGGAGCAGCUGCCCCAUUACAAGCUGAGAGCUGACACCAUCUACGGCUAUGACCACGACGACUGGCUCCACACCCCCCUCCUCUCUCCAGAUGCCAACAUUGACCUCACCACCGAGCAAAUUGAAGAGACGCUGAAGUACUUCCUUUUAUGUGCUGAAAGAGUUGGCCAGAUGACUAAGACAUAUAAUGACAUUGAUGCUGUCACUCGGCUUCUUGAGGAGGACGCCUGCGUUUUUUUAAAAAUCUCUGCUCUCCCUCUGCAGAAAGAGCGGGAUUUAGAAUUGGCUGCUCGGAUUGGCCAGUCGUUGUUAAAGAAGAACAAGACCCUCACCGAGAGGAACGAGCUGCUGGAGGAGCAGGUGGAGCACAUCCGGGAGGAGGUGUCUCAGCUCCGGCAUGAGCUGUCCAUGAAGGAUGAGCUACUCCAGUUCUACACCAGCGCCGCGGAGGAGAGCGAGCCCGAGUCUGUGUGCUCAACCCCGUUGAAGAGGAAUGAGUCAUCGUCCUCAGUCCAGAAUUACUUCCAUCUGGAUUCGCUUCAGAAGAAGCUGAAGGACCUGGAAGAGGAGAACGUUGUACUUCGAUCCGAGGCCUGCCAGCUGAAGACGGAGACCAUCACCUACGAAGAGAAGGAGCAGCAACUGGUCAACGACUGUGUGAAGGAGCUGAGGGACGCCAACGUGCAGAUCGCCAGCAUCUCGGAGGAAUUGGCCAAGAAGACGGAAGACGCUGCCCGCCAGCAGGAGGAGAUCACGCACCUGCUGUCUCAGAUCGUGGACCUGCAGAAGAAGGCCAAAGCGUGCGCGGUGGAAAAUGAAGAACUUGUGCAGCACCUGGGGGCCGCCAAGGAUGCCCAGCGGCAGCUCACGGCCGAGCUGCGGGAACUGGAGGACAAGUACGCCGAGUGCAUGGAGAUGCUCCACGAGGCGCAGGAGGAGCUCAAGAACCUCCGGAACAAGACGGUGCCCAACACCACGUCCCGGCGCUACCACUCGCUGGGCCUGUUCCCCAUGGACUCCCUGGCAGCCGAGAUCGAGGGGACGAUGCGGAAGGAGCUACAGUUGGAAGAGCCCGAGUCACCAGACAUCGCUCACCAGAAGCGAGUCUUCGAGACCGUGAGGAACAUCAACCAGGUGGUCAAGCAGAGGUCCCUGACGCCCUCCCCCAUGAACAUCCCCGGCUCCAACCAGUCCUCGGCCAUGAACUCCCUCCUGUCCAGCUGCGUCAGCACCCCCCGGUCCAGCUUCUACGGCAGCGACGUCGGCAACGUCGUCCUGGACAACAAGACCAACAGCAUCAUCCUGGAGGCAGAGGCGGCCAACCUGGGAAACAACGAGCAGAGUAAGAAGCCGGGGACACCGGGCACCCCAGGCUCCCACGACCUGGAGACGGCGCUGAGGCGGCUGUCCCUCCGCCGGGAAAACUACCUGUCGGAGAGGAGGUUCUUCGAGGAGGAGCAGGAGCGGAAGCUGAGGGAGCUGGCGGAGAAGGGCGAGCUGCUCAGCGGCUCCCUCACGCCCACCGAGAGCAUCAUGUCCCUGGGCACGCACUCCCGCUUCUCUGAGUUCACCGGCUUCUCGGGCAUGUCCUUCAGCAGCCGCUCCUACCUGCCCGAGAAACUCCAGAUCGUCAAGCCGCUGGAAGGUUCUGCCACCCUUCACCACUGGCAGCAGUUGGCCCAGCCUCACCUCGGGGGCAUCCUGGACCCCCGGCCCGGUGUGGUCACCAAGGGCUUCCGGACGCUGGACGUAGACGUGGACGAAGUGUACUGCCUUAACGACUUUGAAGAAGAUGACACAGGUGACCACAUUUCCCCCCGGGGCCUAGCUACCUCCACGCCAGUGCAGCACCCAGAGACCUCAGGUGAGAGGUCCCGAGCGCACGUGACUGUCGCAGGCGGCAGAAGCUCCCCGAGCCGGCCUCAGGCUUUCCCAGAAGAGAUGCAGGAGCCAGCGGCCGCAGAGGAGCAGGAGGAGGAGGAGGAGGGGUCUGGUGAGGGCACCGAGAUAAGUCCUGUACACCCGGCACCUUCACCGGAGGCAGAGUUCUGGGCCAUUCUCACCUCUGUUCCGGGCUCCAUCCGUAGUGGCUCUCUGUCUGUAGCUUCCGCGCGUCCGUGUGGGUGAUGAUGGAAGCAUUCCCAUUGCGCAGCUGUUUCUAACACACAGUCUGAUGCCUCCUUUCGUAACACGUGGGCACAGCUCCCUGCCCAUCUUGGAGGCACACGCCCAGCGGGGCUCUGGACACCGGAGCAGGAAAGGCUGCUAAAAAGAAGUGG